UCUCUCCCACUACCGGGCGAAAUCGGACAAGACCAGCACUGGUCUCAGUCAGUAGGCUGUCGUUGAGUGCGGACGUAGCAUCGAAGGAAAGAGGAGAGGAGGAUAACAAGACCUCACCGAUUUACACCGAUCGACUUGAUACCUGCGGCAUGGAUAAAAUGUCAACGUUUAGUAUCGCUGUCGUUUUAGCGACUAUUCUAAUGCUCGCCAAUGCCGGCGACAUGAUGCGGAAGAGCAUUGUGUUCGACAAAAACACCCCCGAUGUUUUCUACUGCCCCCAACGUAAGCCGACCGGCUACGACAAGCUUAUCGUUCACUCACGACCCUUGUCGAGACUUUGUCAAUUCGAGGGCGGACCCAUUCCCGAGGACUACAAGAGCGACUGCUACAACGACGUGGACGAGACGGAAUACGCUUGCCGUGAGAAAUACAGGAUCAUGAUGCGAAUGCACCCACCUGGCAGUGAAUUUCCGUACAACGGUACGCGACUGACUAAAUUCGCAGAGGUCGACAAGGAGGCUUAUCUCAAGAAGAAUCAAGUUUAGGCAAGGAAUAUUGACGGAUCCGAUGGCUGUUAAUAAAAAUAAAACAACCCCGAACAACGUAACGGACGAAAAAAAUGACGACGAAACACGAUUCAUGUUUCUGAAGAACAGAUUCUUUCUUUGACGGAAAUUAUACGGCUAACGGUUUAACGGAUUUAACGUUUCUCGCGACUCUUUUGUACAUAUAAUGUAUAAUAUAUAUAUAUAUAUAUAGAUAUAUUAGGGAUAGUAUCGUGCAUCCAAUUGAAAGUGAUUCGCUGCUACUGCUGCUAUUAUAAGCGCGGACAGCUAUUCACUGGAUUUCACAAUUUUUUUAUAAUACCUCGCGAAUCUUUAUGCCGCCGAAUUUGUUCGCAAAUUUGGUAGAUUUGAACCAGCGCUGUAAAAACGUAAGCGCCUGACUGCGGGCAGUCAGGCAAACAAAUUACACGUAUUUUAAGAUUGGUUCCCCCUGUUUAUCGCCUGAUGGUACGCAACCAGCGUCGAUGUAUGGAAUUAAUUUGAUCGCAAUAGGACGUUGCGGAUACGAGGUUUCGGUGUAAAUUUACGUACCAUAAGCGAAACGUCUUUACAUACGCAAUAUAAAAUACAACAAUUAUCGUCCGAUUGAAUUUACUAUAAAUUAACUUGUAAGUGAUUAAA